AUGUUGCUUUGUUUACCAAAUGAACUGCUGCAGUGUAUCGCGGAGAACCUGGGAUCCGCGGAGCAUAUAAAUGCCUUUGCUCAAACCAAUAUCCGACUUUAUCAUCUCUUAAAUCCCUAUCUUUAUUGUUACGAUGUACAAGAACACGGAAGUUCGGCAUUAUUGUGGGCUGCAAAAUAUGGGCAAGAAGCGACAGCUCAGAAGUCCCUAGCAGAAGGAGCUCAUGCUCAGUUUAAUCAAACGCCGCUUCUGUGGGCAGCACGCAAUGGGAAUGAGACAAUCGUCAAGCUUCUGCUCGCCACGGAGGAUGUCAAGCUAGACUCCCGGGAUUCUAACGGACGGACGCCCCUAUCAUGGGCGGCAGAAAAUGGUCAUGAGACAGUGGUCAAGCUACUACUCGCCACAGAGGAUGUCAAUCCAGACUCCCAGGAUUCGAUCGGACGGACUCCCCUAACGAGGGCAGGGGAAUAUGGGCAUGAAGCUAUAGUCAAGCUACUACUCGCGGAGGGUGUCAACCCAGACCCCCAAGCUUCGAGCGGACAGUCACCCAUAUCGCUAGCGGCAGGAAACGGACACGAGACAGUCGUCAAGAUACUGCUCGCCACAGAAGGUGUGAAUCCAGAUUGCAAGGAUAUUAACGGAGAGACGCCCCUAUCGCGGGCGGCACGAAGCGGACAUGAGACAGUCGUCAAGAUACUGCUCGCCACAGAAGGUGUGAAUCCAGAUUGCAAGGAUAUUAACGGAGAGACGCCGCUUUUAGGGGCAGCAUUAAGUGGACAUGAGGCCGUGAUCAAGUUACUUCUCGCCACCGAGGGUGUGAACCCAGAUUGCAAGGAUCCUAACGGGCGGACGCCCCUAUCAUGGGCGGCACAUAAUGGAGAGGAGACGGUGGUCAGGCUGCUUCUCAGCACGAAGGGUACCGAUCCAGACUCCCGGGAUUAUGUCGGACGAACUCCCCUAUCAUGGGCGGCCCAGAAUGGAGAGGAGGCGGUAGUCAGACUGCUUCUCAGCACGAAGGGUGUCAAUCCAGACUCCCAGGAUUCUGUCGGACGGACUCCCCUAUCGUGGGCGGCAGAAUAUGUGCAUGAGACAGUGGUUAAGCUACUAUGUACAGCAUGA